CCGCCGCCGCCGCCGCCGCCGCCUUCGCCGCUGCCGCCCCUGCCGCCGCUGCCGCCGCCGCCGCUGCUGCUGCCGCCCGCCGCCCGCCUCCUGCAGGAUACGAGGCGUCAACAUCAAACAUGAAUUUCGGUUCCAGUAUGUUCUGCUACCACUGCCCUCCCAGCCUGCAUCCCGGCACAUCCCCACGCCUCCCCACUCUGGACUUCCCCUACUCCCCAGCUCACCCGUACACCAGCUACAGUUAUCACCCAGACCUUCACGAUGAAACCUUCGUCAGGAGGAAGCAGAGGAGAAACAGAACCACCUUCACCUUACAGCAGCUGGAGGAACUGGAGAACGCCUUCACACAGACUCACUACCCUGACGUGUUCACCCGGGAGGAGCUCGCCAUGAAGAUCAACCUGACGGAGGCGAGAGUACAGGUGUGGUUCCAGAACAGACGCGCCAAGUGGAGGAAGAGCGAAAGACUGAAGGAAGACCAGAGGAAGAGAGAGGCCAUGGAGGGAGACGGAGCAGCCCAAGCCAAGAACGAGAACCCACAGGACGACGACACCGCAGGCACCACCCUCAAAGUAUCCUCCCCACAUUCCCCUCACUCCCCACCUUCAUCCCGCCCGCAGACGCCCAUCUCCUCUCCCACCCACACAGAGUACCCAGCCCAGUCGCCCCUCGCCCACGUUUCCCCAGGACCCGCUACCACGCCGCCCAUUGAGCCAGAUCAGUCCACCUCGCCUCUCAGUUACGACCACGCACACUUCGAUGACAGGGCGGAGGGGCGAGACCUGAAGGAGGAACCCGAGGCGAGAGAUGAGGAGUGUGUGCGUGAAAGAGCCUCCGCCACGCCGCCCAAACCCACUGCCUCGCCCAAGAGUGAAGAACGCCGGCCAGAGGGGGCGGCAUCUCCCCCAGGCUCCGCCUCCCUCAGUGACGUCACGCCCACGUCACACAUCUCACCGCCAAUCAUCAGGCCGCCCGUCUCCCUGGCCAGCGGGGUGGGCGGGGCCAUGGGCGGCGCCAGCUUCUCGCCGCAUCUCUUCCCGUCGCUCAUAGACAGUCGGUUCCGGCCACUGAUAGAGCGUUCACCAGGGCUGUUCUUCCCGCCCCACCUACCCGGCCCCCUCGCGUCCCACCUGUUCCCUCAUCUCAAAGGGUUUCCAGGGUUGUGUUCCUGCUGCCCCAUCAAGCCACCGACCUUCAGCCCACUGUCCUCCCUCGCCUCCACCUCCCUCGCCAACCCUCUAUCCUCCCUCACGAGCCAGACACCCUCCCUCGCCUCCCUCGCCGGCCAGACACCUUCCCUCGCCUCCCUCGCCAGCCAAACGCCCCUGUCCUCCCUCGCCAGUGACCCGCGGAGCUCCAGCGUGGCGGAAUUGAGGAGGAAGGCGCAGGAACACUCAGCGGCGGUACUGCAGAGCCUCCACGCGGCCUCCCUCCACAACCUGCAGCAGUCCCUUCACCAGUCCUCCGCCCUUAACAUCGAGAACCUCCUGAAGAAUGAGUCUCCGGUGCCUGGGUCGGAAAGGGACGCCUCGCAGUAACAUUCACGUCCCUCCCACCGCUUCUUCCGCCUCCCGCCGCCGCCGCCGCCGCCUCCCGCUGCCCUAAGUUUCCCAAGCACCACUCCCGUAGCUGAUAGAGGAAAGUCAAGUCUCUCCUUCCCAUCCUAGUGUUUUGAAUCAUUGCCGCUAAUGUACAUAGUGAAAACUCCCCCAAAUGCUGUGUCGGUUGUCUUCUCUUGUGUUAGGUUGGGAUUUCUUAGUGUUUUCUAAUGCCUGUCUUCCGUCAAACCUAGCCUUCUGUUCUGCUUUUUUCUUGCUUACAUUUCUAUUUCUACUGUCUCUUACGUGUGUCCCUGUUUCUUGUCUCUUUCCCUCUCCUUGGUUAUUUUUCGCUCUGUUUCUUCUUUUCCUCUAUAUUUCUUCUGUCUCUCUCUCCUGUUCUCAUUUCUAUUCCCCCUUCUGUCUCUUAUGUUUGUCCCUGUUUCUCUUUCUCUCUUUACAUUACUUUUUCGUUCUGUUUCUUCUCGUUUCUCCUCUCCGUUCUUUCUGUCUCUCCUGUACUCCUCUCUCCGUCUCUGUCUCGUCUCCUCCCGCGCUGCCUCUGUCUCAGCAGGGAGUGAACAGGCGGGGGAUACAAGCAACUCUCCCUUUCCUUCCUUCCUUCACAAGUUUGCAAGUCCGUCUUCUUCCAGUAAAUCCAUGUGAUGUAAGUAUGAGAAGCGCCUUAUUUUCCUCCUCCUUUGUCUCCUCCUCCUCCUCCUCCUCCUCCUCCUCCUCCUCCUCGUCUUCUGUCUCUUCCUUUCCUUUCUCCUUUUCCUUUUUGAUAUCUUUAUU